CAAAAUCUGCAGAUUAACCGAUUGUCAGGAUAUAGCCGGAUCUACGGACUUGAUUUUACCCUAGGUCUGGUUUCCCCGGGUGCUGGGGAGCUCAUUACGCAUGUAUCAGUCCCCAACGUCGGCCGCGAAGCCUGGAGACGAGACUCCGCACGGGCAGCAUGCAAGAAAGCGGACGGCCAGAGCGUGUGAUUCGUGCUAUAAAAGAAAGAUAAAAUGUGACGCUGCUGUUCCACAGUGUAACUGGUGUAGCCACCAUAACAUCCCCUGUACAUUUGAGAGGGCCAGUCAGAGGAAACGAAAAGAUAGACACAAUGGGAACAGAUCAGACAAAGCAUCGCAUCUGGCAGCGCGUAUCAGCCGGAUAGAAGAACUUGUGACGCAAGGAUUGCUGCGAGAGUCCGUCUCUGCUGGAUCUCCUGGUGGCUCUGAACGUAAUUUCGUCCCAAGUGCCACUCCGCCUAGCUACCCCCAGGCUCUACCACCUGGUCCACCACUUGGUCCUCCCAGUCAACCCCCGGUCUCAUCUUCUGUGGCACUGCACUUCGCUGGGAGAGAGUUUGGCGUGAUCAGCCUAAUUACAGGAAUCCCAUUUCUUCUUCCAGAGGGCCAGCAGUGGAUCGAGUCGCGGACCGGCCAGAGGGUCAACAACGAUAAGCUUAGUCUCUCCAGGCCACCAUGGGAGAAACAACGAGCCCAGAGUUCAAACGCAUUGCUGAUGGAUCUGCAACCAAAGGAGCUUCUCGAGCUUCCUGACCAAACUGUUGUGCGGAUGCACUUUGAAGUCUACCGCUCAUCCUUGAUGCAACGCGUAUUUCCCGUUCUGGACUCAUUCCUUUUCCACGAGACGAUCAAGACCGCUUACCAACCGCCGCAAUCCGAGGAUUACUACGGACACCACAGUGCCAGAGCAUGCAUUUUUGCUUUUAUUGCCUUUGCAUCCAUCUUACACCAGCCUGCAAUUGAGGGCACAAGAUUGCCACCCAUCGACAGUGACGCUUAUACGCUCAGGGCGCGAUACCUAGUACCUCAGAUUUUGCAAGAGACCCCAACAUUAGACGGGCUGCAGACUGUGACAAUUUUGGCAUUAAUUGAGCUCAUACUAGGAAACCUGCGUUCUGCAGACUACUUUGGCUCUUUAUCAGCACGAUUCAUUUUCAUGCUAGGUGCUCAUACUAACCCCACCGAAUCUCUAAAGCCCACGGCAUCGUUUGCGGAGUUCCUCAAGGCCAGAACGAAGCGUCACCUACGCAACAUUUUCUGGCUCUGCUACAGCAUCGAGAAAGAUGUUGCUAUCCGAACAGGACAGCCUCUGGUUCUAUCCGACGAAAACUGCGACAUUACCCUACCCCCCGGCUACGAAGAUAACCUUUACACAACCAUGGCAUUUCAUCACCACUCGCAACAGGUUCCCGAUAGCCCGCUAUUCCCCGUCGACCUCCGAUUAAGCAUCAUCAAAUCACGAGCAUACAGCGCUCUAUACUCAUUCAAAGCGCUGCAAAAGUCAGACGCAGAGAUUCUGAAAGAGAUUCGCGAACUCGACGACGAACUCGAGAGGUGGAGGCUUUCGGUGCCACUGGAAUGGAGACCAACACUGUCUUUCUCCCACGAGACACCAGAUCCUAACCUCAGCAUGCAUUCUGUCAUGUUACGUCUGAACUACCACCUCUGCAUGAUGAUCAUCCACCAAGCAAGCAGCCGCUGCAAAGCAUGGGACAAGAACCAGAGCGGAAUGAGAGAAGGCGUAAGCUCAAGCUUAGCCCUCUCCGUCGAAGCCAGUCGCUCAACACUACUGUACCUCGAAACGGCGGAGCCUGUCCUUCUCGAUGGUGUUUUCUGGGCCAUAAUCUUCUACCCCAUGUCCGCUCUCCUCGCAAUAUUCUGCAACAUCCUCCAAAACCCCUCCGACCCGCAAGCCACAAAAGACCUCGCCCUCCUCAAGACCGCGACAGGGGUCAUGGAGCGGGUGUUUCUGCGUGAGACGGCCUCGAGCAACGAAGUCGUGCAUAUUAAGCUCGUGGCGGAUUUCGUUAAUGAGUUGUACAGACUUGCGAUUUGUGCGGUGGAGAAGGCGUACAAUGAGCGAUAUGGAUGACUUGAUGCAUGAUUUGUGGUAUGGUUUGGCGAAUUUCUUUAGCUUUGGUGUUUGGGUGUUGUGUUGUGGGUUUCGAAUUCAUUGGAUUGGAAGAAAUCUUUGGUUUGCAAAUUGACAUGGGUAGAUCGAUAUGAAAGCAUACUCGUAUAUAAUCUAAUAUCUAUUUGAACCUCUACAAAAUCCAGCAGGAUCGAGAAAUAC